AUAGAGUGGUGCAUACCACUGUCGCCGCUCACUGCGGGGACAUUUACCGGCCGAAGAGCGCCUUUUCUGCACAAACUGCACGCCAAGCCUGGCCACACACCCGCGCAACACUCCUACGGUCCGUUUUUUUGAACAUACACAUUCCGGAUAUCACCUCCACGGGCACAAUUAUGUGCACAUUUCGCUGAUCCCUACUUGGCGGGUCCCUUCGGAAGAAAGUAGCCGGGUUCUCCGCGUCAUCCGCCUCUUCUUGCACGGAGGAGCACAUUUGAUAUGAGGGACAGUCAUGGACGCAAACCGGGGAUUUAAACGCUUGCACAUGGCGGCGUGCUCUGCAGCACAAUGAGGACGGAAUAAGGCAAAAGAAAAGAAAAGAAGAGGGGGACUUGAUCAAAGUAAAAAGGAGUUGACUGGAAGAUGGCACAAGUGUGAAGGUGAUUCAUCGCCUCCAAGGCCAGAGGGAAGCCUUUCAGCGGUCACGGCGAAAAUGUCAUUAUUUUGACAUCGCCACUUGACAUGCACUGUUCUGCUCGCAUGCUAUGGACCAUGGCACAUUAAAACGCCAAAUGGGAGUUAAUGUAUCACGUGUGGGUUCGUUUCUGAAUUAUAUGCCUUCGAAUGUGGACGUUCCAGUGUGUUAUUCAAGGCUGAAGCUUUAGUGUUUCUCUAUGCUAAUGUGCAAGGCCAGGAGAGGAAGCCACGUUGAGUCGUAAACAGACAAGCUAGAACGGGGGGUCGGUAACCCGCGGCUCUCGAGCCUCAAGCGGCUCUUCAGUGCCACCCUAGUGGCUCCCUGGAGCAAUUUAAAAAAAGGUGUCACGUGUGCGCGGCGCACUUGGUUGCGCGGAGUUGCCACCUCUUGGAUGCACGUUGACCAGACAGGCAGGAGUGCAGGGGAAGGCGUUGUAGCAGAAGCAUGCCGCUGGUGAAGCGCACCAUCGAGCCCAGGCAUCUGUGCCACACGGUGCUGCCCAGGAACAUCAAGAACGAGCUGGAGUGCGUGACCAACAUCUCCUUGGCCAGCGUCAUCCGCCAGCUCAGCAGCCUCAGUAAAUAUGCAGAAGAUUUGUUCGGGGAGCUUUUUAAUGAGGCGCACACCUUUUCCUUCCGGGUCAACUCCCUGCAGGAGCGCGUGGACCGCCUCUCCAUCAGCGUCACACAGCUGGACCCCAAAGAAGAAGAAUUGUCACUACAGGACAUCACAAUGAGGAAGGCCUUCCGGAGUUCCACUAUCCAAGACCAGCAGUUGUUUGACCGCGAGUCGCUGCCAGUUCCAAUGCAGGAGACCUUCCAGGCUUGCGAGCAACCACCACCUCUCAACAUCCUUUCGCCGUACAGAGAUGACGGGAAGGAAGGCCUAAAGUUCUACACCAAUCCUUCCUACUUUUUUGACCUGUGGCGAGAGAAGAUGCUGCAGGACACGGAAGACAAGCGCAAGGAGAGGCGGAAACAGAAGCUGGAAAUGCCUUAUCAUGCGUGUCCCGAGGGCCUUAUAAGCGUCCUCUCCGAAACCCCUCCUCCUCCUCCUUUCCUCACCCGCCCGGAGUUGCAGGACCCCCGCAUGUAUGAUCAGGUCUAUAGGUACUUAGACCUUCCUGGGCAGCUGAAGGCCAUAGACCGCCCUCAGGACGGCGAGAAGGUGCCCCGGGCGCCGCACGACCGCAAGAAGGAGUGGCAGAAGCUGGCGCUGGGUGCGGAGUUGGCGCAGGACAUACCUGACAACAAGCACAGGGAGUCCAACGGCUCUGUUGGCUACUCUGACAACAGGGCUCAGUUGUAUAUGGAACAUUUGGACGGGCCGUUCUCGCUGGCGGCACUGCCCUACAGCCAGAUGAACGAGCUGCUGAGCCGUAGCGGGGACAGAAUGUAUUCCCGGCCCAAUGACCCUCCUCCGCCUCCGCCGGCCAUGCACCCGCUGGGGGAGAUCAAGCCGCCCUCUGUCAUCAGUUCCAGUUCAGGUUUUUCAGACAGCAGACCUCAGUCCCCAGCAAGGACGGCGGGCCUCAGCAACGCCCACCCACCUCCGCCGCCUCCUCUCCCCCCGCCGCCGCCCCCUCUACCGUCCUCCGGCUUACGCGGCACUCCACCUCCCCCUGUUCCUCCCCUACCGGCCCAACACCAAUCCCUGGCGAUACCCCCUGCCCCGGCCCCUCUACAGAUUGCCCCAGGGGUGCUCCACCCUGCACCUCCACCAGUGGCGCCCCCGCUUCACUCCUCUUCCCCGGCCCGCCUCCAGCAGGUCCUGGACAAGGGCCUGGGGGCGGAUGGCACGGUCCUGCCUCCUCCCCCGCCGCCUCCUCCUCUGCCCCUCGCCGGAGCGCGAAGCUCCUCACCCUGCCCGUCGGGGCCCCUUCCUGUGCCGGCGCUUCCGUUGGCGGGGGCGAUGGCCUCCCCGCCUCACCACUCCAUGCACGAUAUGGCAGCCAAGAGGCACCAUCCCGCCAACCUGCCACCUAUCAGCGAUGCCCGCAGUGUUCUGUUGGAGGCCAUACGAAAAGGCAUUCAGCUGCGAAAGGUGGAGGAGCAGCGAGAGCAAGAGGCUAAACACGAGCGAGUGGGCAACGACGUGGCCACCAUCUUGUCCCGACGCAUCGCCGUGGAGUACUCCGACUCGGAGGACGAGUCAGAGUUUGACGAGGGGGACUGGAUGGAAUGAUAGUCAGCCUGCGGACACCUUCUUUUCCUUUUGCGUCUGUCUUGUCGUGGAGAACUCCCAUUGCUGUCCGUGUUGUGGUCUUUUUUUAGUGGUUCCGGACUUCAUUCCGUUCUGUUUUCUUUUAAGAAUAACCACUUUUUCCUUUUCUUUUUUUUUCGUGUCUUACCUGUAAUGUAUAAAAGAAAACAGAAAAAAGACAUGAAGGCAUGAUGCAAUUAGUUCUUUAGCACAUUUUCACCACUUUGUGGAUGGAUAUAAUAAUAUUACAUGCUCUUUUUUUCCGCUUUUUUGUUUUUUAUCAACAUACCUGCAGUUUUCUCAGGCUCCAUUGCUUCAUGUAGCCUCAGAACAAAACAGUGUGUUUGAUCGAAGGACUGCACGACCUUUAACCCCAGGGAAAUACACGCUUGGAGCGUCUCUCCCUGUCCAGGUGGUGUGGCGUCCUCCAAGGGCCACACAUGCUUGUCCAUAUCAGGAAAGACGAAUCUCUGAGCCAUUAUUUUUAAGAGUAUUUUACUUGUCACAAACAUGGACACCUGUGAAUGGAUGUCGCUGUAGUUGUCCCAAAUUAAUAUUUAGUCCAGGUACAAUUCAUACACCAACAAUGAAGGCAGCUUCCCCCUCCACACACACAGAGAUACCCUUUACUGUGUAACGAGAGGCCUUACCUCGUUUGCUUCUAUGGGGAAAAAAAAAACAGUUUUGUGUGAUUAAGACGUUCGGCCAUCAUUUCUGUCUGUCCUGUUCUUUCUUCGACUUGCCUUAUUGUCCGUACAAAAAAACAACACGUGUCGUUGAGUUGAUGAAUGUAUCGUGCCGUUACUACUUCUUACUUGCCUGCGCUUGUAUGGAUUUGCUCUUUCUAUGUUUGGGGGGGAUGAGGAAGGACGGAGGGGAUGGGGAAAGGCGGCAGAAAAGCCUGGUUCGGAAGACAGAGGAAAAAAGAUUAAUAUCAUGUAACUUAUGUAACUGUUACAAUUUGCUUGAAUUAAUAAAACUCUAAUGAAUCCUC